AUGACUUCAGUGAAAGAACUCCCAACAGCGACGGUUGAAUCAACUGAUUCACAACUACAACAAAAUGACACCACUUCAGCUACGAGUAUAAUCGUUGCUUCAUCUGGAAACGAACUACCACCACCAAAGGAAAUUAAUCACAUCUCUGAAAAACAUAAAGAGAACAGCAACAGCAGUAAAGACCAAGUCAAACCAACUGGGCCAAUAGAUUACACUUCAAACCCGAAUAGUAGCAGCGCGUCUCCGCUACCUUUGUCUCCGGUCCCAAACUUUUAUUAUCCAAAUGGCGCUACACCUGCUUACGUGGAACAAACUGCUGCAGAGGCGUAUCAGGCUGCUAUAGCAGCCGGAUAUGAUCCAAGUGACCCGAAUUACACUGCUUACGGUCAAUAUGGGAUGCAUCCUCAAUAUUCACAAUUUUAUCCCGAUUACGGUGCCGGUUAUCCGGGUACUCCUCCACUUAAUGCACAGGCUUCGCCUUCUCUACCUCCUCAACCUUUGAGUCCUUACUUUACCGCGACUAGUCCAACAAUAGCCUAUUAUCCUACUUCGCCACAAGUAGGCCCCACUGGAUUAAUUCAUUCUCCGCCUAUGCUACCUUACCUAUAUUCUCCACAAACGCCUUAUAGUAUGCAUGCUCUGCACACACUCUCACCCACAUUAUCACACACUUCUUCCUCAGCCCCGAAUUCUCCUCCGGCUACAUAUUUACCUGGGCCAGGUGUACCUUCUGUACCUUCUCCAAAAGUGGGCCCUCUUAAUAGUAGUCGUGGUUUAAGCGGUAGUCGUUCUCCGCAGCAUUAUACUUAUGGACGAAGAAAUUCAGGUUCACAACAAAAUCCUAAUAUGCCUAAUUAUCAUAAUCCAACAAAAACAACAAAUAUCUAUAUUCGUGGAUUGCCACCUACAACAACAGAUGAAACUCUACAUAAAAUGUGUUCGAUCUACGGAACUAUCACUUCAUCAAAGGCCAUCAUAGACCAGAAGCAAGGCGAUUGUAAAGGAUAUGGUUUUGUAAUGUAUGAAAGCGAGGACCAAGCCAAACAUGCUAUUGAACAAUUAACACGUUUGGGUUUUCAAGUGUCCUUCGCCAAGGAAUCAUUCAGUACACGAUUGAAAAAUCUGCAGGAUAUGGCAUCAACAAAUAUAUAUCUGUCUAACUUACCAUUGGAAAUGAAUGAACAACAAUUGGAGGAAUUGUUCAAUCCUUAUAAAGUAGUGUCUAAUCGAAUCCUUAGAGAUACAAAUGGCACUAGUCGAGGUGUAGGAUUUGCCAGAAUGGAAGAUCGUGACUCGGCUCUUGCAAUUAUUCAGAAAUUUAACGGAUAUCAACUACCUGGAGCUAGUCUGCCUUUACAAGUACGAUUUGCAGACUCGCUAGCACAAAAAAAGCUGAAAGGACAGACCGCAAGAAAGCGUAUGUUGUGGGAUGUUGGGGAAUUUGAUAUUUUGGGCGGCGGUACUAAUUACCCUCAGGUCCCAGUCACUCCUGAGCAUAUGUUGGGGAUGGCUGCUCCUGGAUCACCACCUGGUCCUGGUGCAUAUUUACCUUAUUAUCCUGAAGGAGUGCAACCCUCCGGUGCCUUUCAACAAGGUUCUUUGUCGCCAACAUUUGGUCCUCAAUACGCUAGAUACUAUCAACCCAUGUACGCAGGUCCUGCAACUGCAGUACAACCAGGUGCACCCGGUCAUCCUCCAGUAAAUGCCGUCACACCAGCUGGUCAACCUGCGUCUGAAGUAGUGAAUAACGAUACAUCAUCCUCAUCUUCAGGUAAUAAAGAUUCAGCAGAAGAUUUGAGUGAACUCGUUCAGAAAAAAUUGAAUGUUGAAAGUGGAGAUAACGAUAAUGUCGAAAAAAAUUGA